AUGCCGUAUGGCAAUGUCAGUACCACGAAAAUGGCUGAACCGUUCGAGCCGUCUCCGCAGAGCCGACCAUAUCGGCCUCUGAGCGGAUCGAUCGUACACGAAGAACUCUUCGCCGGUACUCGCAAUCACCCCCUCGCCGACUCUUCCUCAUCCUCGUCGCCUGAGCAGAGUCAAAAGCCAGAAGCGCACGACCCACAGCGGAAAAAGAUAGACGACAUCAACAAGGAGAUUGACGCAACAAAAAAUGUGCUGAAUAAGAAUAUCGAGAUGAUCACGGAGAGGGGAGAGAGGUUGGAGCAUUUGGAUCAGCGGACGCAGGCACUUGGAAUCAGCUCCCAGUCAUUCAAGACCCAAGCAGCCGUGACUCGUCGAAAGAUGUGGUGGAAAAACAUGAAGGUGCGUUCCCAGUCUUACUAA